AAACCUCCAGACGAUAGAGAGAGCCGGCAUGAGCAUUCUCGAAAACGUUUGGUUUGGUGGUUUGGUGUGGUUUGGUUGGAAAGAUAUCAAUUUUAUUCCUAAUUGAUAAUUGUCAAUCGAUCCGCAGAUCGGCGACAGCUGGUAGUGAUGACGUCGGUGGGCGCGCAGAAGCGGACCGUCUACGUCGGCGGACUGGCCGACGAGGUCACGGAGGAGGUGCUCCAGGGCGCCUUCAUCCCCUUCGGAGACAUUCAGGACAUCCAGAUCCCGCUCGACUAUGAGACGGAGAAGCACCGCGGCUUCGCGUUCGUCGAGUUCGAACAAAACGAGGACGCCGCCGCCGCUGUCGACAACAUGCACGAGUCGGAGCUGUUCGGACGCACGAUCCGUGUGAACCUGGCCCGUCCGCUGCGGGUCCGCGAAGGCUCCUCGCGGCCCGUCUGGGCCGACGACAACUGGCUGCAGCAGCACGCCGGAGAGACGUUGGAGAAGGAGACCCAGGGAGACAAGGAGGAGAGCCGGGUGGUCUCCAAGAUCGCGCCGCGCGCCGCCCGCGAGGGCACGCUACCGCAGGUUUAUCUGGACGUGAAGGCUGGCAGCACCGCCCUGGGCCGCAUCAUCAUCACGCUGCGCUCAGACGUGGUACCCAAGACGGCCGAGAACUUCCGCUGUCUGUGCACACACGAGAAGGGGUUCGGCUACAAGGGCUGCACCUUCCACAGAGUCAUACCCGGCUUCAUGCUGCAGGGCGGCGACUUUACGGCCAAUAACGGCACUGGUGGCAAGUCCAUAUACGGCGGCAAGUUCGCCGACGAAAACUUCACCCUCUCGCACGAGCCGUACUGCCUGUCGAUGGCCAAUUCCGGGCCCGGUACCAACGGCUCGCAGUUCUUCAUCACGACCGACCGCACCGACUGGCUGAACGGCAAACACGUGGUGUUCGGGAAGGUAACGGGAGGCGCGGACGUGGUGAAAAAGGUGGAGAGACUGGGAUCCAAGUCGGGCAAAACCGGCGAGAAGGUGGUCAUUCACAGCUGCGGAGAAAUGGUGUGACGAGAAGGACAGGGGGCGAUGAUGUGAGGGACGGGGGAGAAGAGUAGGGAGACGAUGGAGAAGGAUAGGGUGUGUGUGUGUGGGGGGGGGGGGGGGAAUAAAGUGUGAGGUAGAGGGGAGAAGGAUAGGCCGGGAACACGGGGAGAAGUUGGUGAUGCAACUGCGUAGAGACGAUGUGACGGGAGGAGAGGAUUGGGGAAGGGGCUUGGGGUGAGAGUGUUAUAGGAGUCGGGAGUGAAGCGUGUGCCGUGAAUCACGGAUGGAUGUAAUGUAGGAGCCAGGAGGGUGAUGGCGCGAAACGGCUCCACCUUCAACCAAAGUCAUCAAUAUUGAUGGCUUUGUAUCAGCGUGUUUGCGGACGUAUGCUGGGAGUGUACUGGGGCGAUGGAUCGUCAGGCGUGUAUGUGAUGGUAAAGCCAGAGCCAGAUGAGAGUUCAGGCGCGACUGUCGGAUAGAAUGCAGAUUGUGUCGACUCCCCGACUGGAGUAACGGGCUGCGCCGUGGACCAGUUCCCGUGUCGACUCCCGACAGUUUGUGUCUUUGUGUCGCCUUCCCGACUGUUUGUGUCGACUCCCCGACAGCUUGUGUCGCCUCCCCGACUGUUUGUGUCGACUCCCGACUGUUUGUGUCCGCUCCCGACAGUUUGUGUCGGCUCCCCGACUGGAGUACGGGGCUGCGCCGUGGACCCAUUCCCGUGUCGACUCCCGACUGUUUGUGUCGGCUCCCCGACUGGAGUAGCGGGGCUGCGCCGUGGACCCGUUCCCGUGCCGGCUCCCGACAGUAAUUUGGUCGGCUCCCCGACUGUUUGUGUCGACUCCCGACUGUUUGUGUCGGCUCCCGAUAGUUUGUGUCGACUCCCCGACUGGAGUACGGGGCUGCGCCGUGGACCCGUUCCCGUGCCGGCUCCCGAGGUGGAGCUCAUUGGCCUUAUACACAUCAUCGCCGCACUGUUGUACAUUUGUAAAUGAGACGUGGCGCUCACUCAUCCCAAUUACCCAUUUGUUCAUCACGUGACCAUCAGAUGCCUCACUAAAUAUAGUGUGUUGAUAAUGGA